AUGGUACUACGGCCUCUGAUCCUGCGCCCGCAGUUGACCAUGCAUAUUAAGCCUAAACCCGAUGCAGAGGAGUUCAAGGCUUCUUCGUUUGACUCCCAUCUCUCCACUCUCUCUUCUGGCUCGAUGGUCGAAAUCAAGCGAGCAGAGGACCUCAGCCUACCAGGCAUGAGCCCAGAAGACAAUCGAUUUAGGUUGCUGUAUAGCAAGUCCAAGGUCUAUGUCAAUCCAACCGCCUAUGCUCGUGACAACAUACCUGGCUUCGUAGUUCUUGUGAAGCGUGAGGCCGUAAACCCCACGUAUCUGCUUGCUUGGAUUCCGGAGUCUCUGUUGGAUGAGAAGGGAACUGCAGAGUGGGAUAAGUUCACGAAAGUCGAAGAGAGCUCCUUCCUUGAGGAUGACGAUGAUGACAUUGUUCUGAUCGACCUUCCGACCUCUCGACCGGAGUCGUAUGCUUUCUCCGUGCCACUGACCUCAAUAUAUUCGCUUAUCGUUCAACCCCCGACAUUGUCAUCCUGGUACGGCUCCAUUGGAAUAAAUCUGAUCAACGGAGACACCCUCCCUACGCUCCACUUUCACGACGAUGAAUCCCGGUCGUUCACCCUUCCGCCUCCAAUCUCCAACCGCAACAGUACCACCUCAUAUCCGCCAUCGCCUGCAUCAUCUCCGACUACCAGUCCAAGAGCAAGUAAUUCUUGGGGAGGAGAACAUCUUCUCUCCAAGUUACGGUCGUACGCUUACAUCUUACGCUCCACGCUCCAACCUUCGUUGUUCCUCGUUGACCCAUCUCGCUCCGAUAUCGAGGCACAUUCUACACAGCUCUUUGCAGAUGAAGCAGUGGAUGAGAUUCUGGGAGAGUCCCCAUAUGUGAACUCUCAUUCGCCCAUCCCCAUCCACCGACGACCUCGUCCACUGUCGUCUGCGACGCCGGGCUCCGGCUCCGCUGCGUAUCCCCAUCGGGCGUCGGUGCUCCAUCGGUCACUGGCAUCCACCUCAUCGAGUUCCCAGUCGUCGUCUCAAGCGCGCGCUGCCCUCAUGCAGUCGUUCUCGAACAUCACUCGUGCUACGAGACAUGCUGCGCAGAACAUAUUGUCACACCCUCUGGCCAAGCCCAUCGUUCCCCAUCUACCGGACCCCGUCCGCAGCCUGGUCAACGCGAACGGUGAAUCGACAUGGAGAAGCUGGGUUGACAAGAGUGGUGUCGGAGAAUUCGAGAGUGCGCGAGUGUAUCUUGCGCGCUGGGCAAGGAUUGUGGCCGAAGAAGGGGAACGAGCGAGACGAAGGGAAGCGCAGGCUUUGCCUCCGUCCUCUGUCGCAGAGGAAUCCUCAUCAUUAGGCGUGUUCGAGCUCUUGCACUCGACUGCUAAUCUUCCGACUCCGAAAUCGUCUCGAGUGCCAGAGCAUCCCGUCAACGAAGCAAUGUGGUCGAGUUGGUUUGCUGAUGAUGGGACGCCAACUGUUCGGUUGGAGCACAUGCGAAGAGAGGUGUUCCGGCGAGGGAUCGACCCUAGUGGCACUCUUCGGCAGCGCAUCUGGCCGUUCUUGCUGGAUGUUCUCGAAUGGGAUUCGACCGAUGCAUCCAGAGCCGAAGCAUGGGACAAAAAGAGGAAACUAUAUCAUGCUACCAAGAACGAAUGGUGCGGUGUUCCCGAGGUCUUCGACCGCGCGGACACGCUUGAGGAACGUCAUCGUAUCGAUGUAGAUUGUCGCCGGACAGAUCGGAACCAGCCCUUGUUUGCAUCGCCCAAAGCGACAGGCGCUGUGGAUGACGAAAAGGACCGCAGCAUGCGCUACUCUACGAUCUCUCCCCAAACGGCCGACAUAGGAGCCCAAUCACCUACAAACGAACACAUUGACCGACUCUCAGGUAUCCUGUUGACAUACAACUUCUACGAAAAAGAGCUGGGAUAUGUCCAGGGCAUGUCAGACAUGUGUGCUCCCUUGUACGUGGUGAUGGGGACUGAUGAAGAGAUGACAUUCUGGUGCUUUGUCGAAUUCAUGAACCGCACGAAGCAAAACUUCCUUCGCGAUCAGAGUGGCAUGAAAAAACAUCUGUUGACUCUGCAGCAGUUGAUCGAGGUUAUGGAUCCCGAACUUUAUCGACACCUAGAAAAAACGGACGGACUGAAUCUGUUUUUCUGCUUCCGAUGGGUUCUCAUCGCCUUCAAGCGCGAAUUCUCUUUUGACGAUGUGCUUCGUUUGUGGGAAGUGCUUUGGACGGACUAUUACAGCAACAAUUUCCUCCUUUUUGUGGCGCUGGCUGUCCUGGAAUCACAUCGCGAUGUUAUUUUGCGAUAUUUGGUAGAGGCAAGUCGUCUGGCCUCUGCAUUGGCGUUCCAUCUAACAUCAACUUCUAGUUCGAUGAGAUACUCAAGGUCAGCGGUUGAUUGGAUUGCCCGCAUCAACUCUAACACAGCACAGUACUGUAAUGAGCUGAGUAUGACCAUCGAGCUGGAUUCGACGCUCGCGCAAGCCGAGGUCCUCUUCCUUUCGUUCGCGCAACUUGUCGCUGAUAUCGAUCGGCGGCGAGUGGAACAGUCUGGUACCAGCGAUGGAUUGCGCCGACGUAAUGUGGGUGCAGCGCCUGCCGGCUCAGAGCCUCCUGCCGAGAACAAGUUGCUGAACCUACCUGCUCUUUCGGAGAAUCUGCGAGAGUUACUCAACGCAGGACGAGAGUAG